AUGGGUAGGAAAGAUGCAGAAGAGACUCUGAUGGAUUCUCUUGAAGGGAAGAUCAUUGAUGCGGAAAAAAUAGUUGCAAGAAGCGAGCUAGUUGGCGAGGAGGCCGAAGCUCUUGGUGGAAAGGAAAAGGUUGAUGGAGGAAAUGCAUCCAGAUACAAGAGAUUACAAACGAUUUUGGGGGAAGGAACAUUCAAGAAGGUGUACAAAGCUAUUGAUCAAGAGGAAGGGAAGGAAGUUGCAUGGAAUGAAAUCAAGAUUAGUGAGAAGGGGCAGGAUUGCAAAGAAAGAACAUUGUUUGCUAAUGAAAUAGGGCUUCUCAAGUCUAUUUCCCAUCCCAAUAUCCUUCGGAUUCUUGACUAUUGGUUUACACCUGAUAGCUUUAUAUUUAUCACUGAGUUGAUGAGUGGGGGGACACUCCGGGAGUAUAUUGCAGAGAUAGGAGAUCUGAAUGUCAAGCUUAUAAAGAAGUGGGGAAGAAGCAUUCUUGAAGGACUUGUGUAUUUGCAUGGGCAAAAUCCUCCAAUAAUCCAUCGGGAUAUCAAAUGUGAAAACAUCUUUGUGAACGCAGCUCUUGGAGAAGUAAAGAUUGGGGAUCUUGGAGUAGCAAAGGAAAGAAGGAUGAAGAGAUAUACGGUUGUUGGAACACCACAGUUCAUGGCUAGAGAGAUGUUUGAAGGAGAAGGAUAUUGCGAAAAGAUCGAUGUAUACGCAUUUGGGAUGUGCUUGAUUGAGAUGGCCACGGGGGCAUAUCCAUAUAAGGAAUGCACCACUGCAGCAGAGGUUUACAAAGCAAUUAUACAAGGGGUUCCUCCUGUUGCUCUGAGCUCGAUCAAAGAUAUAUGUCUUAGAAACCUGGUUAUGAAUUGCCUUGUCUCUGAGAAAGACAGGCUGAGAAGCGUUGAGUGUCUUAAACACCACUUCUUUGACAAUAAUAACACUUGCAAUGGGGAAUGCAUUCCUGAAGAGUGUAUGUCAGGAGUUCCUUUAACAGCGCCUGCGAAUGACAUGGAGAUAAGCUUUCUGUCGUUCAGAGACAAUGUGAUUACAUUCCAGCUUUUCUUCAUGAGCAUGGCAAGAUUCAUUAAGUUUGACUAUAAUCUGGAGACUGAUACAGUUGAGGAUGUGGCCAACGAGAUGCUAGAAGAAGAGGUUGUGUCUGAGGAUCAAAGGGACACGCUCCUAAAGCUUCUAUCCCGAGGGAUUGAAAGGGCCAAGGAGAGGAUUAUUGAAAUGGAAAGUAAAGAGCCUGAGGGAGUGGUGAGGAAGUUGAGUAUAGAUGGAGAGAAAGGCAAGGCAGAUGGACCUAGAAACGACUUCAAUAAAAUAACGGAUAGGAAUCUGAGUAUGGAAGAGGUUGAGUCUAUGCUAGAAAUAGAUGCGAAAGCCAGCGGUGUCUCGACGAAUAUUUCACGAGCUACACCUCGCUCUGGAGGGAAUGAGAGCCAGAGGAUUGGAGAAACACCCCAUUCUCCUCUAAUUAACUCAGUAGAAUUAUCUAGCGGAGAGGGGAUUAUAGAAGAGCAUCGAAAGAUCACAAAUGGGAAAUGUUUUGAUGAAUCUGAGUGUCCGAAUAGAAAGUAUGAUGAAGAUGUUUCUAUUGAAGAAUUUGUGACCGAUGUCUCGGUUGCAACAAAGAGAUCAUCCGAGACAGCCACCAAUUGGAUAAAGACAUUCAAGUCGAAUGACAUUGACAAUGUGUUUGAGUUGAAGAUUCUUGUGGACGAAGACUGGGAUAAGCUUGGGCUUACUGUUUUCUCCAGUAGGGCGAUGAAAAACAUGCUCUACGGGCUUGAUAAGAUUCCUUUAAAGGAAAAACAACUUCCUACGAAUACCUCGAUCAAAGAUUAUGAAGGAGGAGUUGAGAUCAAGGAAUUUCUCCGUGACAUUGGAGCGAUGGUGGGAAAAGAGAAGUGCGUAUCCAUAUGGGAAAGUAAGCUUCUUGCACAGGACAUCAGGACUGUUGAAGAGCUCAGGUCGUUACAUCAAGAUGAUUGGGACAGAUUAGGAUUGUCUGUAUAUUCAUGCAGAGUGAUCAAAAAUGUUAUUUACAAAAGAGGAAGGAUAGUGUUUUGUUGA